UCGAUUUAGUUGCUGCUGAGACGCGUAUCGCGACACAACUAAGAAUAUUCGGUUAGACGUUUUGAUCAAAUUGAGGCUGCGUAGCCGGUAUAUACACGUAUGCAUACAUACACAAACGCAUCUAAUUAAUACAAUAACAAAAAGAAAAAUAUUCUGAAGAAACAGUGCUAGAAUGUGGCGCAUCAUUUUUGCAAUCGCUUUGCUCGCCAGUUGCAUUUGUGAAAAUUGCCUUGCACAGGAAACUCUACGUGGCAUUCAAUUUCCGAUGGAAAACUAUGAUGACUCGUGCUUUGUGGAUGCCGCAAAGAAAACGCGUGGCAUUUGCAAGAAUCUCGCCGAAUGUGGUUCGGCGCUGAGGCGUUGGAAAAAUCAAAAUAUUCGUCCGCAAACCUGUUAUUUCAAUAAAUUCGAACAUAUUGUUUGCUGCGACAUUGAAAGAAGUCCCAUUUUGGAGCCGAUUCUGUAUAUGAAACCGAUGCGGGUCAAGAGGCGUAGUGAGCUGGAAUGUGAAUCUCAGCAAGGUAGCUUUCAUAUAGCCGUGGCAAACGGCCAGCCAGCGGGGUCCAGAGAAUUUCCCUAUAUGGCCGCAGUGGGCUGGCUAUCGAAUACCAAUAAAAGUAGCACAUUCUUUUACUGCGCCGGCGUUUUAAUAUCACCGAAAUUCAUCUUAACAGCAGCGCAUUGCACCGGUUUAGGCGGGCAAACGCCCACGGCUGUACGCAUCGGUGGCACGAACUUAACUGAUCCGAACACGCCGAACCUACCCAUCAGGCGCAUUAUCGUACAUCCAGCUUAUAGAAGUGGCGCUUCGUAUAAUGACAUUGCCUUGCUGGAAUUGGCGCAAGAUGCAAGUGUAACUCCGGCUUGCCUCUGGACCCAGUACGAUGUGCCCCAUAGCAAUGUGACCGCACUCGGUUAUGGGCACACACAAUUCGCUGGCGUCGGCUCCAAUGUUUUACAGAAGGCCAUCAUUUUCGUGGUGCCCAAUGAUGUCUGCCAACGUUAUUAUAUGCCAGAUGAGAAUAUUUUGCAGCAGGGUCUGGCGAAUACACAGUUAUGCGCUGGUGAUCCGGAAAAUCGUCGCGACACGUGUCAGGGUGACUCCGGUGGACCGCUGAUUAUGAAAGUCGAUCGUGACAUCACCUAUUCCUAUGUGGUGGGCAUAACCUCCUUCGGACAAGCUUGUGGUGGCGCUCCGCCGAGCGUCUACUCACGCGUUUCAGCGUACAUUGAUUGGAUAGAGGAUAUUGUAUGGCCGAUAGCCCAGUUGAGUGGUUUUGGUGUCAACGGUUGAAAGUUGCUGUGGAGGAGUAAAAAAUAGUUGAAAAAGAUUAUUUAUAAUCGGCAUUAACUCAUUUUAUACAUUAGCCUUAAUUUUACUUUUUAAAGUUAUACUUCAAUAUUGGUGUACGAUAAAACCCCAUCCAGCACUGGGUUUUCAUGAAAUUAUUUAGUCCUCUCUUGCACACGAUAAUUUUAUUUUGU